GCACACACACGCACACACCCAGAGGAAACUGAAACUCAUUUCCACACUUCAGGAAGCCUGAGUGUUGAAAUGAAGGUUGGUGGGAAGAUUCUGGCGCAUUUUGAAUCGUGCAACUCACCUGUGGACAAGGAGGGGUUCCUGUUCAAGAAGGGUGAGAUAAAGACUUCCUAUUCGAAGCGCUGGUGCGUGCUGAAGGGGAACCUCCUCUUCUACAAGGACCGGGCGGCCGACUGCGACCUGAUCGGAGUGAUUGUGCUGGAGGGCUGCACCAUCCAGCUGUGCGAGUCCGAGGAGCCGUUCGCCUUCUCGCUGGUGUGGGGCGAGCCGGGCCUGCGCACGUACAAGUUCGCUGCCGAGGACCAGGCCGGCCAGGAGAGCUGGAUCAAAGCCCUGCUGUCGGCCAACCACAACUACCUGGCGCUGCUCGUCAUGGACCUGGAGAAUAAGUACAGAGAUCUUUUAGCCGAAUUACCCGGCGAAGCUACAAACCCUUUCACGAUGCCAUAUUUCAGCCCAUUAGAGACCGGAUCCUCAGCAGCCUAUCAGAACAGAGCAUCCUCGUUGCCGCCCUCGUUCGCAGCACCAGCCGUGGUGGCGGUACCCGGGCUGAGCUCCGGUCCGAUGCUUCUAACUCCGACCAUCUCUUCCAAAACAGCCAGUAAGAGAUCGCCCAAGCUCUGGCCGAAGAGGAACGCCAACGUGGUGCCGAUUAACGCCCCGGCUCCGCCCAUGGGGGAGUGGUCAGCGAUGUGCUUGGAGGAAUUCAGUAAACUGCACGAAGAUUUUGGAAGAGAAGUCAAGGAACUGAUCGUUAAUUGGUCAAAACGAGGACAAGGAGGUGAAGACGUUCAGGAAGAGAACUUGAUCGAUUUUGGAUAAAUUGAUGGGUCUAAACUUAAAUUUCAGUAGCCAUAGUAACAGUGCAAAGGACCAAUGUAAAUAGGUUUUACAAAUAUGAAAAAUAUUUUUAAGAUGUAGUUUUUUUUACGAUGUGAGUCAAUAAAUGAUCUGUGACCUGC